GAUACAUGUCGAUACGCGCGGCUGCUCGCCUAUGCAGGCUGCAGACGAAGCGGAGAGAUGCGACCGGAGCGAAGCUUUCGCACAGUCAGCGUGGUACUAUUCUUGCGUGUAUUGAGGUCUUUGUCUUGUUCUUGUUGCUCUCUGUGCUCCCUUCCAUUACUGGUGCAGCUGUCGGUAACGGGCAGCCUCUGACGCCGAUCAGCACAAGCUUCGUGGCCGCCAAAUGUCCACUAAACCCCUAAGCGCAGGUAUAGACGCAUAUUAGGGAAGGGAGGGGCCUGUCAAUCGUCGGUUUAGCGGGGUCGGCGAGAAUUGUUCGAGAUGGUUGCAUUCCUGCACACUGUUGCGAUUUCAACUGUUCACUUCCUGAUCUAAAUUCUUCAUUGUCGCAGCUUAUUCUAGUCAGUCCAGGACCACACUGAAAUUAGCACGAGCAGUCUUUUGAUCGACUAUGGCGCCAAUAGCUCUUGACGAACCGCAUACCAAUGGCCACGCCAACGGCACCUUGAACGCCAAAGCUGCAUCUUUCACACCAAGCUCACAGACCUCCACAUACCAUGCCGUCUCUUCACAAUCAGCCAUCGAUGCAGAAGCAAGCUACGCCGCGCACAACUACCACCCAUUACCAAUAGUCUUUGCCAGAGCCUCUGGCUGCUCAGUCUGGGAUCCAGAAGGCAAACACUAUCUUGAUUUUCUGUCCGCAUACUCGGCCGUUAACCAAGGCCACUGUCACCCGAAACUCAUACAAGCUUUAACUGAGCAGGCGAGCCGCUUGACGCUGAGUAGCAGAGCAUUCUACAACGAUGUCUUUCCUAAGUUCGCCGAGAAGAUUACAAAGAUGACGGGGUUCGACAUGGUGCUACCGAUGAACACUGGCGCAGAGGCGGUAGAAACGGGCGUGAAAAUUGCGCGGAAGUGGGGCUAUAAGGUCAAGGGCAUACCGAAGGACAAGGCUCUCGUGUUCAGCGUCCAGGAGAACUUUCACGGCCGGACAUUUGCCGCCAUUACCAUGUCGACGGACCCGGAAAGCAGAGAUAACUACGGACCCUACCUACCUAACGUUGGUGCAGUGUGCCCAGCCACGAAGAAGCCAAUACCGUACAACGACAUCAGCGCGGUGGAGGCAGCUUUCGAGGCUCACGGCAAGGAGACCGCAGGCUUUCUGGUAGAGCCAAUCCAGGGUGAGGCUGGCAUUGUUGUGCCAGAUGAGGAUUACCUUCGAAGAAUACGCGAGCUGUGCGACAGGCACAACGUCCUCAUGAUAUGUGACGAGAUUCAAACCGGCAUUGCAAGAACCGGUCGGUUACUAUGUCACGAGUGGAGCGGUAUCAAACCAGACCUUGUGCUACUAGGCAAGGCAAUCAGUGGUGGCAUGUACCCAGUAUCGUGCGUACUAGGCAGGAGAGAUGUCAUGCUCACGAUUGAACCCGGCACUCACGGUUCCACAUACGGCGGGAACCCACUCGGCAGCGCUGUCGCAAUCAAGGCACUCGAGAUUGUAGAGGAGGAGCGCCUCGUCGAACGCGCGGAAAGUCUGGGAGAGCAGUUCCGGCAAGGACUGCGAGACAUUCAGAGCAAGGACCCACUCAUUAAGACCAUUCGCGGCAAAGGUCUGUUGAAUGCAAUCGUGAUAGAUGAGAGCAAGGCAAACGGUCAUAGUGCGUGGGACCUCUGCAUGUUGAUGAAGACGAAAGGACUUUUGGUAGGCCGAGCCCUCAAGAUAGCACAUGUCAAAUCCUCCGGAGCGAGCAAUGGAUCCUCCGGAGAGGCGACCGCGAGCUCCCUUCUGGAUCAAGGCGCUAACAGCGCUUCUUCGCAGGCCAAACCUACCCAUCAGAAUAUUAUCCGGCUAGCGCCUCCGCUUGUCAUCACGGAGGAACAGAUCAAGACUGCCUUGCGGAUUAUCGAAGAGUCGGUCGUGGAGCUGCCGAACCUGAAGGGUAAGGCGGAGAAGGAGGUGUUACCAGAGGGCGAAAAGAAUGUGCAUAUUGGCCUUGAGAAUUGAAAGCUCAACGCUUUGUAUUGUAUCUAAGUUUGUGGGUGACUCCGUCAUUAGGCGGCGCAGUGCUUGAUAGCGUUCAACUAAGCAUAAAUCAAAUGGCAAUAUGUGUAAAGUUGCAUACUGAGGUCAGC